CUUCAGAGUCAAAGCGGCUGGCGGGCUCCAGAGCGAACGGAAACCGGGUCGGGGCCGAUGCAGGCUCGUUGACCGAAUGACCGGACCCGACUGUAGCCCCUUGCAGAACCCCCCAGCUCCAUCAGACCUGGCCUGAGAACGAGCACCUCAAUAGAUAAGUCUGAAUAUAUAUCCUGCAACGGCAUCGGCGAGGCAGACGCUUCGCCUUCACCGCAAGCGUCCAUUUACCCCCGACGAGCACUGACUCGCUGAUAGUGCGGCCUCGAAGCCGCUGUAUUGCUCCAUUGCUAGUAGUGGACUAAGAAGGCGCAAUGGGCAACGUUUGUGGCAAGCCACAGCUUAGUCCGAGGCCGGAGGGCGGAGUCGUCGGCAUUCCCGAAGAUGGCCACCACCCAACUAUUCCGCGUCCUUUUCCUCCACGACCUAUCAACCUGCCGUUAGCUCCAGUGCAGCCAGGUGGAGGUCAGAACACGCCGACGACCACAAUCUCCAACUCGAGCGGCCGAGCCGGGGGCGCAAACGGAAAUGGCGCUGCGCAGAACGACCUGCAGCACCCCGCUGCCCCGGCUCCGCCCAAUGGCCCUGAUUAUGGCGACCAUACAAGCAUGCCGCGUGCCGAUGACGACACGUUCCCUGCGGACAUGACGCUGAUGCCGACGGGCAUCUUCGCGUGGCAGCGCGGUCGCCAAAUCGGGCAGGGCGCGUUCGGCACCGUCUACCAGGGCCUGGUGCACGCCACGGGCCAGGAGAUCGCCGUGAAGCAGGUGCAGCUGCCCCGCGACAACGCCAACAGCGGCAAGGUGUCGGAGCACAUCCGCUCUCUUGAGUCCGAGGUGGCGGUGCUGCGCUCGCUGCGGCACGAGAACAUCGUGCGCUACCUGGGCACCGAGCGCACCAGCGAGCACCUCAACAUCUUCCUGGAGUACGUGGCGGGCGGCCCCAUCUCCAGCAAGCUGGCCCAGUUCGGGCCGCUGCGGGAGGAGACGGUCCGCGUGUACACCAAACAGAUCCUCCGCGGCCUGGAGUACCUGCACAAGCAGAAGGUGAUGCACCGUGACAUCAAGGGCGCCAACAUCCUGGUGGACUCCAACGGCGUGGUGAAGCUGGCGGACUUUGGCGCCAGCAAGAAGAUUGAGGACCUGGCCACCAUCGGCGGCGGCUCGCGCUCCAUCCGCGGCACCGCCAACUGGAUGGCGCCGGAGGUCAUCAAGCAGUCCGGUCACGGCCGCGCCGCUGACAUCUGGUCGCUGGGCUGCGUGGUGAUUGAGAUGGCGACGGGCCGCGCGCCCUGGGCCAACUUCAGCGACCCCUACGCGGUCAUGUACCAUGUGGCCGCCACCAAGGAGCUGCCCGCCAUGCCCGACAGCCUGUCGCACGCCGCCAAGGACUUCAUCACGCUCUGCUUCAACCGCGUGCCGCGCGAGCGCCCCAACGCCACGCGCCUGCUGCAGCAUCCCUGGCUGUGCAGCGUGCAGGUGCCGCGCGCGGCGCCCUCCAACCCGCUGCCCAUGAUCGUGCCGCCGGCGCCCAACACCGCUGCCACGGCCGCCUCCUACUCCGCCUCGGCCGGCGCCGGCCCCUCGCAGCCCCCGCUGCAGAAGCAGGCCGCGGCGCAGCAGCAGCCGUCGCAGCACCACCAGCACCUGCCGCCCGACCUGCGCGCGCCGCCCUCACCCAUCAAGGAGGAGAGCGACUCGCGCUACGACUCGCCCAUGGGCGGCGGCACCAACGCGUCCACCCCCAGCACCGCCCGCACCGCCGUGCUCAACGCGGCCAGCGCCCUGGUGUCGCCGCCGCACCGCACGCCCGGCUCCGCCGCCCGGCCGCCCAUGGUGCCGCCGCUGCCGCUCAACCUGCUCAACGGCUCGCAGCAGCAGCCUGUGCUCCCGAAGCCCUUGGCCGCGCAGCAGCAGCCCAAGGCGCAGUACCCCGCCGUGUCUGCCCCUGCUCCCCAGCAGCUGCAGCAGCAGUUUGACACGCUGGUGGACCCCGACACGGUCCGCCUGCAGAUGGCGCAGAUGCAGGCGGCCAAGCAGCUGCCGCCCGCACCGCAGCCGGUACCGGCAUCUGCACCGGUGCCAGCGCUGCCCACCAUGCACCACCAAGCCGCGCCGGGCAUGCACGACAGCAUCUGCAUGGGCGAGGGCAUGACCAUCAGCAUGGGCCCCACCGGCGGCUGCUACGACCCGGCCAUGCAGCAGUACCAGUCGCACGUGGGCGGCGGCUCCAGCGCCGCCUGCCGCGCCAGCACCAUGACGCUGAGCGGCUACAACCCCAUUGAGGAGCCGUCCUGGAUGCCGCAGCCGCACGACCAGGCGCAGCGGGCCUUCUUCCAGCAGCUUGCGGCGGUGGCCGAGCACAGCGCCCCCACGUCGCCCGACGGCAGCUCCGGCGGCGCGCCCAACAGCACCGCGGCCGGUGCGGCACCAGCGCGUGCAAUGGACAGCAGCGAGGGUUCGGGCGCCAACGUGCCGGACGCCACCCGCGUUGCCAUCCCGCACGCCGACACCACCUCCAAGCUGCCGAUGGCGGCUCACAUGGCUCUGAUGGAGGCGGCAGGCGCGUCGCCGCGCAGCGGUGCCGGCACGCAGCGUGGCACCGCUCGGACCCGGACUGUGCCCGCCCGGCCAGCCCUGGCAGGUGUCUUCAACAACAACAACACCGACGACGCUGCGGACACGUACGUUGAGCCCGACCAGCCCUCACCGGCGGCCACCGGCCCCUCGCCCGGCGGCAUGAACAAGCAGCACCCGGCGGCGGCCGGCGGCAACAACGCCGGGCGCCCGCGCGUCAGCGCGUCCCGCCGCGCCCUUGAGGAGGCGGGCAUCCUGGGCGGCACGCUGGACCCAGCCCGUGCCAAGCUGUGGCGGGACGAGCUGGUGGCGGAGCUGGAGGCGGAGCGCAUGCGGGCGGCGGGCGGCAACGUGGCGCGGGAGAGCAUCGCGCCGGUGCGGCCCAGCGUAGCGGACCUCUGACGUGGAUGACGCGACGGGCGUGGGUGUCCGCCGGCUGCGGCAUGAUAUGUGUGUGUGUGCGCGCGAAACUGAGUAGUGAACGUGUGUGCGGUGGGUGGGGGUGCGGUCAUGCGUGGCGAGCAGGCGAGGUGACCAGCCAGUAAAUGACACGUGAGUUCUGCAGUUCGGCCGGGUGCUGUGGAGGUUCGCAAGCCGGGUUUGGUAGCAGUGUUGCCCAGGGGUGUGCGCAUCGCAGGUAUGUAUCUCUGAACUGUUUGUCGGCAGGUAAGGGACGGGCAGGAGGUAUGGAGGGACGGCAAAGGGACAGGGGCGGCGGCUUGUGUUACCGCCGAGGAGAUGUGCACCCGCUUAGGAGUCCUCAUGAGAAGUAAACCGUGACCAGCGUGGGUGCUAGAGUGGUCACACGGCGUGCUCUCUAGUGCUAAUCUCUAGAGUCUCCGACAUUAGUAUAUCGUCUAAUGAUUGAUUCUUAGCAUGAUUUAUGACACUGAUUGAUUGCUCUCAUAUAGCACGGACACAUAGCCACACGACCAACACCGUACACCGCAACUGUGCACAUGAACUUGACCAAACCGUGUGCGCUUUGGGGCCCACAUGGUCAUGUUUGCGACAUGAUGUAUAUGCUGGACUUGGAAAUGCGCAAUCCAUAGCCAUGUAAUCAGACGUAGCA